GCGGACAGCGGGCCGCGCUGGCGGCGGCGGUGGCCGCGAUGAUGGAGAUCCAGAUGGACGAGGGCGGCGGCGUGGUGGUGUACCAGGACGACUACUGCUCCGGCUCGGUGAUGUCGGAGCGGGUGUCGGGCCUGGCGGGCUCCAUCUACCGCGAGUUCGAGCGCCUCAUCCACUGCUACGACGAGGAGGUGGUCAAGGAGCUCAUGCCGCUCGUGGUCAACGUGCUGGAGAACCUGGACUCGGUGCUCAGCGAGAACCAGGAGCACGAGGUGGAGCUGGAGCUGCUGCGCGAGGACAACGAGCAGCUGCUCACCCAGUACGAGCGGGAGAAGGCGCUGCGCAAGCAGGCCGAGGAGAAGUUCAUCGAGUUUGAAGACGCCCUUGAGCAGGAGAAGAAGGAGCUGCAGACCCAGGUGGAGCACUAUGAGUUCCAGACGCGCCAGCUGGAGCUGAAGGCUAAGAACUACGCAGACCAGAUUUCCCGGUUGGAGGAGCGCGAGUCCGAGAUGAAGAAGGAGUACAACGCUCUGCACCAGCGACACACGGAGAUGAUCCAGACCUACGUGGAACAUAUCGAGAGAUCCAAGAUGCAGCAAGUGGGGGGAAACAGCCAAACCGAGGGCAGCCUGCCGGGGAGGAGCAGGAAGGAGCGCCCCACCUCUCUGAAUGUCUUCCCCCUGGCCGACGGCAUGGUACGUGCACAGAUGGGGGGCAAGCUCGUGCCUGCGGGGGACCACUGGCACCUGAGUGACCUCGGCCAGUUCAGCUCCAGCUACCAGUGUCCACAGGAUGAUAUGUCCGAGUCAGGCCAGUCUUCGGCGGCUGCCACACCCAGUACCACCGGCACCAAGUCCAACACUCCCACGUCCUCUGUGCCCUCGGCCGCGGUCACACCGCUCAACGAGAGCCUGCAGCCCCUGGGGGACUACGGCGCCGGCACGAAGGGCAGCAAGCGUGCGCGGGAGAAGCGCAACAGCCGCAACAUGGAGGUCCAGGUCACGCAGGAGAUGCGGAACGUCAGCAUAGGCAUGGGCAGCAGUGAUGAGUGGUCUGAUGUUCAAGACAUCAUCGAGUCCACCCCAGAGCUGGACAUGAGUCGGGAGCCCCGCCUUGACCGCAUGGGCAACAGCCCAACCCAGGGGAUCGUGAACAAGGCUUUUGGCAUCAACACGGACUCCUUGUACCACGAGCUGUCGACUGCGGGAUCGGAGGUCAUCGGGGACGUGGAUGAAGGAGCCGACCUGCUAGGGGAGUUCUCAGUGCACCAUGAUUUCUUUGGAAUGGGCAAGGAAGUGGGGAAUCUGCUGCUGGAGAACUCCCAGCUUCUAGAAACCAAAAACGCUCUGAAUGUGGUGAAAAAUGACCUCAUCGCCAAGGUGGACCAGCUGUCCGGGGAGCAGGAGGUGCUCAAAGGGGACUUGGAAGCCGCCAGGCAGGCCAAGCUCAGGCUGGAGGGCCGCGUCAAGGACCUGGAGGAAGAACUCAGGAGAGUGAAGUCCGAGGCCAUCGUUGCCCGGCGUGAGCCCAAAGAGGAGGUGGAGGAUGUAAGCGGCUAUCUCUGUACAGAAUUGGACAAGGUCCCCCUGGCGCAGCGUCGCCGCUUCACGCGGGUGGAGAUGGCCCGUGUGCUCAUGGAGCGCAACCAGUACAAGGAGAGGCUGAUGGAGCUCCAGGAAGCCGUGCGGUGGACCGAGAUGAUCAGAGCGUCCCGAGAGCACCCGUCUGUCCAGGAGAAGAAGAAAUCCACCAUCUGGCAGUUCUUCAGCCGUCUCUUCAGCUCCUCGUCCAGCCCCCCCCCAGCCAAGCGGCCCUACCCCUCAGUGAACAUCCACUACAAGUCUCCCACCACGGCCGGCUUCAGCCAGCGCCGCGGCCACGCGAUGUGUCCCAUGUCUGCGGGCAGCCGGCCCCUGGAGUUCUUCCCCGACGACGACUGCACGUCCUCCGCCCGCCGGGAGCAGAAGCGGGAGCAGUACCGCCAGGUGCGCGAGCACGUGCGCAACGACGACGGGCGACUGCAGGCCUGUGGCUGGAGCCUGCCGGCCAAGUACAAGCAGCUGAGCCCCAACGGGGGCCAAGAGGACACGCGGAUGAAGAACGUGCCUGUGCCCGUGUACUGCCGCCCUCUGGUGGAGAAAGACCCAACCAUGAAGCUGUGGUGUGCCGCGGGCGUCAACCUGAGCGGGUGGAAACCGGGCGAGGACGACUCUGGGAACGGAGUCAAGCCUGUGCCAGGCCGCGACCCUCUGACCUGCGACCGGGAAGUGGAAGGAGAGACCAAGAGCGAUCACACGUCUCCAGAGAAGAAGGCAAAGGAGCUCCCUGAGCCGGAUGCUGCCUCCAGCCGCGUGUGGAUCCUCACCAGCACCCUGACCACCAGCAAAGUGGUCAUCAUCGACGCCAACCAGCCGGGCACCGUGGUGGACCAGUUCACCGUCUGCAACGCCCACGUCCUGUGCAUCUCGAGCAUUCCAGCGGCCAGUGACAGCGACUACCCCCCGGGGGAGAUCUUCCUGGACGGCGAUGUGAACCCCGAGGACUCCAGCGCCGACGGCGUGCUGGCGGGCAUCACCCUGGUGGGCUGCGCGACCCGCUGUAACGUGCCCCGCAGCAACUGCUCCUCCCGAGGGGACACCCCAGUGCUGGACAAGGGUCAGGGGGAAGUGGCUACUGUCGCCAAUGGGAAGGUCAAUCCAUCUCAGUCCACGGAAGAGGCCACGGAAGCCACGGAAGUGCCAGACUCGGGGCCCAGCGAGGCAGAGGCGGCUGCGGUGCGCCCUGGGCCCCUCACGGAGCACGUCUUCACAGACCUGGCCCCUUCCCCGGCCCCCACUGCCCAGCCCGGCAGUGAGAACGGGCCGGAGGCUGACACAGGUGGGGCGCAGCCCGAGCCGGAGCCCAGCGCAGACCCUGCAGGGGCCAGCAGUAGUGCGGCUCCCACCAUGUGGCUGGGAGCCCAGAACGGCUGGCUGUACGUGCAUUCAGCCGUGGCCAACUGGAAGAAGUGUCUGCACUCCAUCAAGCUGAAGGACUCGGUGCUGAGCUUGGUGCACGUGAAAGGGCGCGUGCUGGUGGCCCUGGCCGAUGGGACUCUGGCCAUCUUCCACCGAGGCGAAGAUGGCCAGUGGGACCUGAGCAACUAUCACCUGAUGGACCUGGGCCACCCCCACCACUCCAUUCGCUGUAUGGCCGUCGUGUGUGACCGCGUGUGGUGUGGCUACAAGAACAAGGUGCACGUCAUCCAGCCCAAGACAAUGCAGAUCGAGAAGUCGUUCGACGCACACCCGCGGCGGGAGAGCCAGGUGCGGCAGCUGGCAUGGAUCGGGGACGGGGUGUGGGUGUCCAUCCGCUUGGACUCCACGCUGCGGCUCUACCACGCCCACACCCACCAGCACCUGCAGGACGUGGACAUCGAGCCCUACGUCAGCAAGAUGCUGGGCACCGGCAAGCUGGGCUUCUCCUUUGUGCGCAUCACGGCCCUGCUCAUUGCGGGCAACCGCCUCUGGGUGGGCACCGGCAACGGCGUGGUCAUCUCCAUCCCGCUGACGGAGACCGUGGUUCUGCACCGAGGCCAGCUCCUGGGGCUCCGAGCCAACAAAACAUCCCCCACAGCUGGGGAAGGAGCCCGCCCUGGGGGCGUCAUCCACGUGUACGGGGACGACAGCUGCGACAAGUCAGCCAGCAGCUUCAUCCCCUACUGCUCCAUGGCCCAGGCCCAGCUCUGCUUCCACGGCCACCGCGAUGCCGUCAAGUUCUUUGUGUCAGUUCCAGGGAACGUGCUGGCCACUCUCAAUGGCAGCGUGCUCGACAGCCCGUCCGAGAGCCCCGGCCCCGCCGCCCCCGCCUCGGACGCCGAGGGCCAGAAGCUGAAGAACGUGCUGGUGCUGAGCGGCGGGGAGGGCUACAUCGACUUCCGCAUCGGGGACGGAGAGGAUGAUGACACCGAGGAGAACAAUGGGGACAUGAGCCAGGUGAAGCCCCUGCUGUCCAAGGCGGAACGCAGCCACAUCAUUGUGUGGCAGGUGUCCUACAGCCCCGAGUGAGGCUCCGGCCUGCCCCGCCGCCUGCCCGCCGCCCGCGUGUACAUACAGCCCCCCCCGCCCGCCCGGCCCCCCCUCUCAGAACCUCUCAACCUGCAGCUUUCACCUUAGGGCCGGGCCUCCCCAAGGGCGGCCGCACGGGUCUGGCUGGGAGGGAGGCGGGGGAGCGGGGUUGCAUCCUCACUGGGACGGCAAGAAGCUCUGGGGACACCUGACCCAGCAGCCUCUGGCUCGCCUCUGGUCCCAAGUUCUCACAGCCUGGGGGCACUUCGGGGCCAGAGCAAGGCAGGGUCCUGGGGUAGGUCGGGCCAGGAGAAAGCCCUGCGGGUGGCUCCCAGCUCCACCCCGGGCCCCCCACUUCCCUCACCCAGGACCCCCUAGGGCAGGAAGCAGGGACUUCAGCCCGCCAGGUCUUCCCAGCUGGAGCCCACUUGCCUUUGCCCGCUGCUGCCUGAUGGGGUGGAUCUGACCCUACGGGAGCCGGCCCAGCCACUAGCCUUCCCCAGACACCCCCUACCCACACCCUGAUGCCUGCCCCGGGAAUUGGCAUGGAAGCACGUAGCCAGGCUGCCUAAGGCAGCUGCUUGAGAAGACGGGGACAGAUGCUCUCUUCCUGCUCACCCCGUGUGGCCAGCUCUCCCUGCGCAGAAGACCCACCCGGUGGGAGCAGGCUCUGGAGUCCUCCCCUCCCACAAUCCCCUCGGGUGGAAUUUCUCAGGCUGCCAAGGCAGGCCCAGGCCUCAGGAAGAAGAGGAGGCCCCUGGCCUCUCCUGGGGUCAGUCCUAGGACACAGGCUCAGCCUCGGGGGGACAGGGGGACACGUGAUCUGGGGCCUGCCUCCCAGUCUCCAAGGAGCCCAGCUCCCAAGACACACUAAGAAGUGCCUAGGGCUGGCAGAGUGGCCUGCUCCCUUGAGGGCAACUGAAGACAGCCCGUGAGAGCUUGGGGCAGAAGCUGCCUCCAGCCGGCUUUGAGGGGGGCCGCCCUGGACUGCCACCUCCCCGACCCGCCCAGGUCCAGCCUCACUCCUGCUCCGGAGGCCCUGCUGCCCACCCACCUCCCACCAGAGAAGCACAGAUCUCGGGCAGCCACGCCGCAUCCCUGCCGGCCACAGCCACGGGCAGCUGCAGGCUUCUCCCCACCACCCUGCCACUCUCCACUGUGAUGUACGUCCAGUCCCUUGUCUGUUCCCAUGGGGCCGCGAAGAGACUGGAGGGCAAGCCGGGUGGGCGCAGCUGGGGAAGGGGCUGGGUGGUGAUUCUCAGGCUUCGGCCCUGCAAGCGAACCCACGCAUCUGCUCUGUGUGUAAUAAAUGUCUUCACGUUGUAGCCCUGUGUCUCUGGGCACAGACCAGCGGGAGCGUUAAGAA